AUGGACGGAAAUCAAACGUUACGAUUUAUUGAAGCGUAUAAAGCGGCAAAACUUAUAUGGGACGCAAAUCAUACCGAUUAUUGCAACAAAAUUAAAAGAAAUGGUGCGUUGGAGCGUGUUGCUAAUGAAUUUAACACUGGUGUAUCCGUCGUGAAAAUCAAAAUUAAAAACUUGCGUUCUUAUUUUCCGAAAGAGCGCCAAAAAUCGCUUAAAAGAAAAUCUGGUUCGGGUGCUGAUGAAACCAACGUCUCAUCGUGGUUCGCGUAUGCGCCUCUCUCCUUUUUGUUGCGGAUAGUUCGACGCCUAAAGAAACAGUAG